GAAAAGAAGGUUGUGUUACCUAACUGAAGUCACCAGAAAAACCUGUGAAACAAGAGUAAAAAUGUGAAGAUCGCUGAUUAAAACAGGUUAAAAGGAUCAAAACAGAAAAUCACCACCGCAAGAAAACGAUCGCUGUUAAAAUCCACGGGAAACAUUAGAGUGGGAGCUGUCGGCUGCGUUGGGCAAGUCAGCUGUUUUCGUGUGAGGAACGUGCACUGUCAUUUUACCGUUAUAAUAUCCAGCGAUUGUCAUAAUUCACGAGAAAUAUGAGUGUUACAGUGGUGGAGGCCGCUAAAAGUUCAGGAAAGAGGAGCGACUCGCCUGUCCUCCCCAAAGAUGAGGCCUACGAGCCGGGAGAGGAUGCUCAUCACAAUCUCGCUGCAGGAGCUUCUGCUGUGGAGGGCUCCAACACUAGUGCUGAACAAAUAAAGCAAGAAUUUACAGAAGAGGAAUCUCCAAUGGCAGUGGAUGAAGUUGACGGUGACGCUGUCAAAGCAGAAGGGUCAUUAGUGACGAAGCAAAUGAUUGAGGAGGAGGAACAGCUGAACAAGGAGGGAGAAGAGGAAGACAAAAAACAGCGGGACGAACAUGCAAAGCAAUGGGAGGACAUGGAUAAACAAAUAAAAGAACAGCGCUACAAGAGACUGCAGUUUCUACUGAGUAAAAGUAACAUGUACACUCAGUACCUUUUGAACAGAAUGCAGAAACAAACUGAGGAGGAGAAAAAGAAACAAGAACUUCGGGAAAAACGAAGAGUAAAGGCAGAGGAAAAAAAGAAGAAAGCACUGGAGGAACAAGAGAAGGCGAAAAGUCUGGAAAUCCCCAAAGAAGCAGAUGUGGAGACAAAGUCAUUAUCCUCCCCACUGAAAUCAACGAUACCACAGCACUCGGGUAACUCUCCUCAGACGGCAGACAUUGCUCCUUCCCCCAGAUCCACACGGUCCAGGAAAUCAACAAAAGUUCAGGGGUCACAGAGUUCACAGGAGUCACAAAGUUCACAGGGGUCACAAAGUUCACAGGAUAACUCGUCAAGUCAAAGUGAAACCACCAGUAAGAAGCGGGGAAGGAAGAGAAAGGUGGACAGUGUGGAGGGAGCUGACAUUUCUAAGUUUUUCUCAGCGACUGACAAAAGGAAAAAAACACAGGAUGGGGAUGGAAAAUCUUUGGAUGAAGACAAAUCAAACACAGCAGAAAACAAUGAGAAAGUGCAAGCAAAUAAAGCUGAAUUAGAAACAAAGACACCAGAGGUUAAAAUGGAGCAAGGGGAGGAUGUCAAACCCGACAUAAAAGAGGCCAAUGGUGAAACAAAGACGGAGGAGGAAGAGUCGGAGAUGUAUGAUACCAGCAUGCCAUUUGUGCAGCCCAAAUUGUUCAGUGGUGGAAAGCUGAGACAGUACCAGUCUGAAGGGUUUACCUGGCUUAAGACCUUGUAUGAGAAUGGCGUCAACGGUAUCCUUGGCGACGAGAUGGGACUGGGAAAGACGAUCCAGUGCAUAGCCAUGUUGGCUCACUUGGUGUCGAUGGGUGUGCCCGGGCCCUUUAUUGUGUGUGCACCACUCUCCACUCUGCCUAACUGGUUUUCCGAGUUCAAGAGGUUUGCACCAAAGGUGCCUGUGAUUAUGUACCAUGGCGACCGUGACGAGAGGACUCGGCUCAGGAUGAAGAUGUACAAGAAAUACCAGGUGAAGAAGGACAUUGAAGUCCAGCCUGUUGUCAUCACAUCGUACGAGAUCACAAUGAGGGACCGCAAACUGCUCGGCUCCUUCGAGUGGAAAUACCUCAUAGUGGACGAAGGUCACCGCAUCAAAAACACACAUUGUCGCCUAAUCAGGGAACUUCGCUUGUAUAGGAACACUCACCGACUUCUCCUGACGGGCACACCACUACAGAACAACUUGUCGGAGCUCUGGUCACUCCUCAACUUCCUUCUUCCAGAGAUCUUUGAUGACUUGGGAAGCUUUGAGACUUGGUUUGAUUUGGAGAGAUUAUCAGGGAACAACGCUGAUGAAGAAAUCGUAAAGGAAGAACAGCAGACUAACAUCCUGUCCAUGCUACACCAGAUCCUGACACCAUUUAUGUUGCGGAGGCUGAAACAGGACGUGGAACUGAACAUCCCCCCUAAGAAGGAGAUCAUGGUGUUUGCCCCUCUGACAAAGAUACAGCAGGAAUUCUACAGCAGCCUGCUUGACCGCACCCUCUUACAGCGAUUAAGUCCGACAGAGAAAGUUGAGGAGAAGGUUGAAGUUAAUGAGAAAGGCCGUCCGAUUAGGAAGAAGGCUAAGCAGAAAGUCAACUACAAAUUGAUGAUGGAGGACAAGUCUGAGAGUGCAGAAUCGGAGAAAACAGAGGAAGCAAUGGAAAAAGAAGAGGAAGACCUAGCUGCAUGGGUAGCUGCCGUUAGUGACGAGGCGAAGCAGAACACUUUGAGGCCAGCAAAGAAUGUGGUUAUGAAGACAUCCCAGUUAAAUGUCAGGCUACUCAACGUGAUGAUGCAGCUACGCAAAUGUUGUAACCAUCCAUACCUGCUGGAGUACCCGCUCAACCCCGGGACUGGCGACUUCAUGGUGGACGAGGAUGUCAUCAGGAAGAGUGGCAAAAUGCUGCUGCUGGACCGCAUGCUGAAGCAGCUGAAAGCCGGAGGUCACAAGGUGCUGAUUUUCUCCCAGAUGACCAAAAUGCUGGAUAUCCUAGAGGACUUCUGUUUCUUGAGAUCGUACAAGUUUUGUCGUCUGGACGGUGGUUGUAAUGUUCAAAACAGGCAGGAAUCGAUGGCAACAUUCAACACUGACCCGGAAGUGUUUCUGUUCCUGCUGAGUACAAGAGCAGGAGGACUUGGUAUCAACCUGGUGGCUGCGGACACUGUCAUCAUCUAUGACAGCGAUUGGAAUCCCCAGAGUGACCUGCAGGCCCAGGACCGAUGUCACAGGAUUGGACAGACAAGACCAAUCUGUGUGUAUCGCUAUGUGACCGCUAACACCAUUGACCAGCGUAUCGUGGAGCGAGCAGCCGCCAAGAGGAAAAUAGAGAAAAUGGUCAUCCACAAAGAGAAGUUCAAGAGUGGUAUAAAGAACUUCACUACAAGCUUACAGCCCCUCACCCAGCUGGAGUUACUGGACCUUCUCAAGUCGAACGACCACCAGAUGGAGAUGAACAGCUCCAGAGCUGGCAGUGUGAUCAGUAACCGCGACCUUGAACGACUCCUCGAUAGGUCUGACCUAUACGAGCAAUGGAAGGCAGCAGGCAACAAGGAUGAUGGUUCCUUUGUGAAGAAGAAGUCGAAAGCAGCACCACAGGAGGUGAAGGGCGUGUUCAAGGUCAUCAAACAGGAAGAGGAUGUGAAAGACAAGAUGGCUGAAGAUACCACUGUAACGUCACAACCAACAGCUUCUUCCUGAUAACGGGCAGUGAAAGUAGAAGUCUUCAGGAUUGGAAACAGAUGUUAUAACUUCAUGUAGUUAAAACCAACACAGUUCAGGGACCAUGAUAAAAUAUUGGUGUUGAAGGGGACAAAUCAGAAGUGUGGUUUGUGUCCAAGUGAAGGAAGUGGACACUGGAAAAACAGGAAGGCAUUUGAUUAUCAGGGGUGCAGUCAAGAUUGUAGAUCAUACAUAGUUAAUUCAAGAAAGACUUGCUGAUUUUAAUAACCCUUUCACCACUGUAGACCAUAAUGAACUCAUCCAUAUCACUGCAUGGUAGAGUCUACUAAAGUUACAUAGGGGUGAAAGGGUUAAACAGCUUUAAUACUUAUUGUUAUGGCAGUAUAAGGUCACUGACAUAUUGUUGGGCCAGUUAAUUUUGUUAAAGUCGAGCUUCAUAGUAAGAAUUGAAAUACUGUCUGUGUUACAUGAAAUAACUCCUGAUUUUCAGAAUAUGAAGAAAUGUAUAAAAAUUCACAUUUCAAGCUCCACGUAAUGAUGUUAUACUGGGUUCCUGUUUCUCCUCAAAUUCUUUGUUGUCUUAAAAUUAAAGACGAAUAGUCUACAGACCUACUUGAAUUGAUGCAUCCCAGAUAAAUAUUUUUUACCAGUUUGUGUUCAAAUAUAAAUUUAUCCAUUUGUCAUUUACAUUAAAUUGCGAGUCGACAUAAUGUCUCUGCAGUGCGUCGUGUUUCAUUGCUCAUAAUUUCAUCAUCAUUCAUUGAUAAAUAUCAAAACAGCACUUCGUAAUCAUUGAACACGUCAUCAUAGAGUUGUGAAUACUUUUAUUUUAGACAACCAUAUAUAGAUACAUACAUAUAGAUUUAUGAGAAUAGCGUAGACAUAUAUAUAUAUAUAUAUAUAUAGACUUGUGAGAGAGGUUUUACUGAGAAACCUGUCCAAUCUGACACCGGGUGAAUACUUACUGUAACAUUACAGGUCUUGGUCAUUGAAGCAUUUUUGAACAGAAAAUCUGUGCUGGAAAUUUAAAUUUGAAUAUCUUUAACCCUUUCACCACUGUAGACCAUAAUGGACUUGUUCAUAUCAAUGUAUAGUAUUGUCUACUAAAGUUACAUAGGGGUGAAAGGGUUAACACAACACCGUGGUCGACUCCUCAUAAAUAAUGGGUUGAUUUAAAAUCGCUACCCUGUCCUCUGAUGGGCCAAGAGUUUAUUUUAUUAAUUUUCAAUUCUAUUCGUUUGAUUUUAAACAUUGUACAAGUGUUCCUGCCAAUUCCAUGACAAAGUUGUUAUUUUAAUUAUUUGAGUCGAAGAUAAGAAAUAUCAGAUGGUCACCAUGGUUUCAAGACUUCACAGAGACCACAUACAAAAGAUGUGUGUCCCUAAUUGAAAUGUGUGUUGGGUUUCUAAACUGUCAUUUACAAGAAAAUUAGUCCAGCCUUGUCAGACAAUUUUUAUGUAGAUGGCUUAAGUUUGAUAGUAGGAGGCCAACUAUGAAGGGCCGUAGGCAGCCGGGGGCAGAGCACGAUAUGGGUUGGUAACAAACAUAAAGGUAAAAUCUCAGGAAUUCUGAACAGUGUCGGGCUUGGCAGGAGCUUGAUUAUCCAGGUGUCAGAUAAGACAGGUUUGACUGUAUGUAUGUGAAAGUCUGAGUUAAAUGUUAGAGUACAUGUUGUAUGGAAGUGUGUUUUAAGGGAGUGUGUUUAUUUGAUGGUGCUCAAGAUAUAUUUUGCAUAUUUUACAUUGUAUAACUCCUUCGUAUGAGUUUGUUUAUGUUACUUUAGUAGUAGCUACUGGUAUACAGGGCCAGAGAAUUAUAUAAUGCAUAUGAAAUACCUCAAGUUCAAUACUUUAACCCAAGUGUUGUGUAUGGUACUGGAUUAAAACCUUGGCAGUGUUGGAGUGAUCACAAUACAUGGGCUCCAUCAAGUGUUUUCAUUAUAAAGUUUUAGCAGCUGUCUUAGAGAACAAUACUGGUUCCUCUUCUAUGUGUCCAGAUUUUCAAAGUUCAAUUUGACUUAAGGCUGUAGGCUACCUUAAACAUUACACCUCCGAUUUGUCUUAAAUUUUAACUCUCGAAAAUGUUAUUGGCAUCAUCUAUCUACCGGUCGUCUGUUGUCUACGACGAGCUUGUCCAGAGCUUCCUCACUGACUAAAGUGUUCAACCAGACAAACUGAAGGAUGUAGAAAAUCUAGUGCUGGGUUUAGUCAGAUACAUGCAGUAUGUUUAUGGGUUUCAGGAGAGUUACCCAAACAAAAGAAUACAAAAUAAUGUUAAACAUAUAAUACAAGUUUGUUGAAAACUUUCCGUUAUAUAUCUCUAUGAAAUUAUUUUCUGUAAGGAUACAAAAUUAUCCUAUGAAAGAAAGCAAACAUAAUUGAAAAUUUGAAGACAUUUUUAAGAAAACAGUCCUUUUCUGUUACUUCUUAUAAGGUAUUUAACUAACCUCAUUUAUAUUAGAUUUCUUUUAAAUGCAUUUCCAAGGGAAAAAUGUUACCCACGAUGACCUUUUGGGGGAGAUAUGAAGGAAAUACAAGAACCCAUCUAUUUGAUCAAGGAGUUCAUAUGGAAAAAUAAUUUAAGAAUGAGAUAUAAUGUUUCAACAAAAAGUAAUUUACAUUAUUUAAUUACAGUUAUGUAAUUUAUUCCUGGUGAUUUUAAUGCAUCAAUAACUUAUUCCCUUAAUAAUCAUUGCAUGACAAUGUGUUAUCUAUUUGUUAACAUACAUAAAUGUUUAGAGUUUUUAAUUAUGUAUUUUGCUGAUGUGAUCAUCUACAAUACAGUCCUUAGGAAAGGUUUGCAAUUAAAGUUUGUAUUUAUCAUUAUCUAAAUUUUAAUUAAGUUAAACAUAUGUGAUUUAAUGAAUGGGUUAAUUUUUGCCUUUGAACCUAUCCUUAUGGGAAAUAAUUUCUGUGGUUAUAUCUUCUUAAACAGUUCUAACAGAAAGUGUGCCGACUUUAUUGAACAAAACAUUUUCUGAUCGUUUCUAAAAGUUUGGUUUGUGCAUUAUCAAUUCAUUUUAUUUUCUAAAUGAAAAAUAAAAUAUUUUAAAGAUCA